CCCAGCUGUAGGCUGAAAGGAUGAAGGAUUAUGCAGACCCUGCAGGAGCACCUCACCCAUCACUAGGUGAGGAGGGAGGCUGAUGGCUGAAUUAGCGUCUGUUGGAAUGUAUGGGUGUGUGACAUCCCCCUGACUGGAUGACAUCACAACAGCUCCCGGUCCUUGAACGUCUGGAGGGUGAUUAGCGGAAGGAAUUGGCUGUGUCUGCCAGUCACCUCGGGCACAGCUGCCUUCAUAGUCCUGGUGUGAGAGGAGGGGCUGGCGGCCAGGCGAGCAGCAGCAGCUGGUCCCCGUGAUUAAAGACUUCUCGCAGCCUUUUUGCUGUGCUCGGUCUGCUCCCUGGUGUAAUUCUCGUGUCCGAGAGGGAAGCUGCAUUUUAACGGUGUGCUGAACAGAGGUUUGAAUCAUUCCAGCUGGCUGCUUGUUUUGAAAAGGACAGCGUGUGUAUAAAUAAAAAGCGACUGCUGGAAGAGUUCAGACGCCAGGGCUGGGCUGCAGCGGCUCCGGGGUGCCGGGGGCAGCCCUGGGAACUGGCCACUCCUGCUAAGUAACCUGGAGCCCCGCAGCCCGCACCCUGGACGGCCGUGCUCUGACGGGGACCAGCUCAACGGAGGAGAGACAACAACCAGAGUGCUUCUCCAGUUUCAGCUCAACUGCAGCCAGCCCCUGGUGAGCUGAACAGGUGGAGACAGAGGCAGCCACGCGUGCGUGCACCGUGACUCGAGCCCCAGCUUACUUCUGAAUCCCCUUCUGUCCAGAAAAAGCCAGUCAUGUCCGGAGGGCUCUGCGGCGGCCUCGCUGUGGGACGCGUCCGGGGUCCGCGCGGCUGCCCGCGGCCGUCCCGCCGUCACGCGCUGUGACCCCCCCACCUCCGCGCAUGGUCGGCGAUGGUGACAUGAGCCGCGGGGAGGCGGCACCGGCAGCCCCGCGUCCCGGCCCCGCGAUGGCCCGCUAGGGCGAGGCCCGCCCGCCAUGCACCUCGCCGUGCGGCUGCGCCGGCGCUUCCGGACGCUGGUGGCGCUGCUCGCCGCGCUCUGCGUGCUGAGCGUCGCGCUCUCCGCCUACUUCCUGUCCUCGGGCCGCCGGCCGCGCCUGGCGCUGGUCGAGGCCACCUUGGACAGGCACGUCCUCGUGGACAUCGACGACAUCUUCGUGGGGAAGGAGGGGACGCGGAUGAACGUCCAGGACGUGAAGGCAUUACUAGAGACUCAAAAUUUACUGCGCACUCAGGUUGCAAAUUUUACCUUCAACCUUGGAUUUUCAGGGAAGUUUUACCACACAGGCACGGAGGACGAGGACGCGGGCGACGACCUCCUGCUGCGCUCGGCGGCCGAGUUCUGGUGGUUCCCGCACAUGUGGAGCCACAUGCAGCCCCACCUCUUCCACAACGAGUCGGCCCUGAUGGAGCAGAUGGCUCUCAACAAGGACUUCGCCCUGGAACACGGAAUCCCCACAGACAUGGGCUACGCGGUGGCCCCGCACCACUCGGGCGUGUACCCGGUCCACGGCCAGCUGUACGAGGCCUGGAAGAAGGUCUGGGGCAUUCAGGUCACCAGCACCGAGGAGUACCCGCACCUGAAACCUGCGCGGCACAGAAAGGGCUUCAUUUACAACAGUGUCAUGGUCCUCCCGCGGCAGACCUGCGGGCUAUUCACCCACACCAUCUUCUACAAGGACUACCCCGGCGGACCCCAAGAACUGGAUAAGAGCAUCAGAGGAGGCGAGCUUUUCCUCACAGUCCUUCUAAACCCAAUCAGCAUUUUCAUGACCCACCUGUCCAACUACGGGAAUGACCGGCUGGGCUCGUACACCUUCCUGAACCUGGCGAACUUCGUGCAGAGCUGGACCCACCUGAAGCUGCAGACGCUGCCCCCAGUGCAGCUGGCACACAAGUACUUUGAGCUGUUCCCCGAGCAAAGGGACCCUCUCUGGCAGAAUCCGUGUGAUGACAAACGGCACAAGGACAUCUGGUCCAGAGAGAAAACGUGCGACCACUUACCGAAAUUCCUUGUCAUCGGGCCACAGAAAACAGGCACAACGGCCCUGUAUCUGUUUCUCCUCAUGCACCCGUCCGUCAUCAGCAACCUGCCCAGCCCCAGGACGUUCGAGGAAAUUCAGUUCUUCAACGGCAACAACUACCACAAGGGAAUCGACUGGUACAUGGACUUUUUCCCAACGCCAUCCAACAUCACCAGUGACUUUCUGUUUGAAAAGAGUGCUAAUUAUUUCCAUUCUGAAGACGCUCCCAAGCGAGCUGCCUCUCUGGUCCCCAAAGCCAAGAUCAUCACCAUCCUCAUUGACCCCUCGGACCGGGCGUACUCGUGGUACCAGCACCAACGGUCCCAUGAAGACCCAGCUGCCCUGAGGUUUAAUUUCUAUGAAGUCAUUACAACCGGACACUGGGCUCCGUCCGACCUCAAAACGUUGCAGAGGAAGUGCCUAGUACCCGGAUGGUAUGCAGUCCACCUAGAAAGAUGGCUGACUUACUUCGCCGCAUCUCAGUUGCUAAUUAUUGACGGACAGCAACUGAGAUCGGACCCAGCUACUGUGAUGGACGAAGUCCAGAAGUUUCUUGGAGUGACGCCUUAUUAUAAUUACUCGGAAGCGCUCACGUUUGACCCCCAGAAGGGCUUUUGGUGUCAGCUGCUGGAAGGAGGAAAGACCAAAUGCCUUGGGAGAAGCAAAGGCCGGAAGUACCCGCCCAUGAGCCCAGAGGCGCGAGCCUGGCUCUCCAGCUACUAUCGAGACCACAACGUGGAGCUGUCCAAGCUGCUGCACAGGCUGGGGCAGCCCCUGCCGGCCUGGCUGAGACAGGAGCUGCAGAAAGUGAGGUAGCGUUGGGCUGCGCCAUGCCGCCGACCACGAGGCAGGAGAGCCGACCCACCACGUCCGUCCCGAACGCACAUGGCAUUGUCAGCACGGGACUGCGAAUAAUUUCCUCCUGCCUUUUUCAUAAACGGAAACUGUUACAUAUGCACGCAUCGGCAGUUAUUAGCAAUCCUGUGUGGGCAUUGGGGAAAUACUGUGGGGUUUUGUGACAUUGUCUAGUGUCUAGGUGGGGAUCUUAACAGCCCAGUCCCUCUGUGAGCCGUAAGGUUUCCGAAGCUGGAUGUGUGACUGGGAACCCCGAUUGUACGCGAGUGACAGGGAGAGCCUGCAGGAAAGAUAGGGACUGAGCUGAGAUGCCUGUAAUGGACGCCGGCAGAGACCCCGUGUCCAAAUUAAGGGCUUCCACUUUCCCUUUGCUUUUGUUUUGGAAAGAGAGUCUGCAAUCCCGCAGUCCCAUUCUGAGCAGAUAGUACAUACUGAUUGCAUUACCCACAUUCUCCUAUUACUCUUCUUCGUGAAUUUCCUUGGCUUGCUGAAGAAAACGCUGUGACCUCCCAUGUUUUUGUCUGUUCUCCUCUGUAGGAGGGGACCCUCUGAAGGUCCCGUCCUCACUGACAUUUUACCGGGCAGGGCAUGCCCUCCUCGUGAAUUCUGCUUUAUGAUUCCAGCAAAACCUGUCAGAGACCUUUGGGACUCUGCGAAAUCAUAGCUCAUGUGCGUGAGGCUGUCUUUACAUGCGUCAGAUUUUGCCAUUCUAUUCAUCUUAUGUGUUUUCGCCUGACAGUGAUGUAUUUAUAUAUUUUGUCACUGUCCACGGAACAGAACAACUUUACUGGGAAGCCAUGGGAUGGAAACGCCAGUGUGUGUUGCAGGUGGAGUGAGGCACCUGUGCCUUCUGAGUGGCAGGUGUCAGUCAGAGGUGCGGGCUUCUGGGUACGCCAGUGCAUGUGCUACUGCACAAGGUUAUGUUUGUGACACCUGUUUAAAAACAUAUAAUCUGACACUUACCUCUUUAAAUGUCACCAGUUCUCCAAGCUAUAGCUGUCUCUCAGCCAUGCCACCAAACGUUAAUUUCUAGAGAGGAAGUGACGCUCCCUCUGCCUUAGGGUCAUAGGUGCAGCACGAGUCUGGAGGCUGUUGUCAUAUUGGCUGGAUUUCUGUCCUAUUUUGUCAGUGAAGAUGUAUUCAAGCUCUCUGCAUCCUUUCAGUGAUAUUAAUUCAGAAAGGUAUAAUUUCAACAGAGCAGAAAGUCUAGCUGGUUUGCUAACGCCACCUCUCAAUCCAUCCUUCCUCCAGAGAACUUCUACAGGCUGUAAAUAAUGUUCCUUUUUCCUGUAAUUUGAGAAAUUAUGCUUGGCAUAAUUCAGUGUCUUCACAGGAAACUAAAGAUCUUUAUUUUUGUUUAUUUGUUAGUUUUUGUCAUUGCUUUAAGCAAGCAAGUCAAAUCUGAAAGAGCAUCAAGAAUUUCUACCUAUUUUGUUUCAGAAUUCACCCUUGGAUUUGUACUUUUCUAAGACUUUUGGUCGUUUUCCUGUUGAUUUCCACUGCAGCUAGAGGCUCUUGAUAUUUCUCAGAAAAUGUAAGAUUUUUCUUGGCCAUUUGACUUGUUCCUUGUUAACUGUGAGACUCGGAUUCUCAACCUUAUUGCUCCUUAGGCAACCGCGUCCCAUCAAGCCAACCGAAAUCACAGUCAUUGUGUAUUUACAGCUCUAACGGUGGAUGUCUGUGUGUACACUGAUUUUCUCCAGUUUAUAUUCAAACUUUUUCCUUCUUGAACUAGAAAUUAGCUUUUUUUUCCCAAGUGAGAUAACAGAGAUAUUUAUAGAAGAGAGGGGAGAUAUUUUUCAUAUUAACCAACAUUCAUGUCCAACUCGUCACCAGAUUUUUUAAAUGUAACGCAUUUGUUGCACUUUCUCAUUUUUUCCAAUUAGUGUUCAUAGUAUCAUUCACGCAUCUACAGAUGUCUGAGACCAAAAUUGCCCAAAUUCAACCAGCUCUUCCCCUGGUUCAUUUCGAUCAGUGUGUACAUUUUUCUUAUUAAGAUUGAGAAAGGAGACAACAAAAUAUAUUUUAAUUAUAUAAUUCAUCUUCAUCUUACAGUAAACUACUUAGAGGGACUCUGGGUUAUGAGAAAAUUAUGAUAAAUCAAGAAAAUAUUCAGUUUUAAGAAUAUCUUGAUUUUCCCAAUACUUACCCACUGGCUACUUCAGAACAAUUGAUUUAAGAUUUAAUAUAUGUAAUCCUUUAAAAUUUUAAAUAAAUUCUGUCUCACGGUCUUCAGUGACAUACUUUUUUACAUUGUAAAGAACUUACUAAGACCUUUAAGCAAGCCAGUAUCUCCCCCGCCUUCCUCCCAUCUCCAUUCCAACUGUCUAACCCGCAUAUACAUGCGGUCAUUGGCUACUUCAUGUUCAUAAAGGCAGGGGGAAUAUUUGAUUAUAAGCCUGCAUCAAAAUAUAAUACAUGCUUUUCAAAUACCAGUCUCUAAAAAUUGUAUUACAAAUCUCACUCAAAACCAAAGUUUGUUUGUAUUUAUCUAUGGCCCCAAAAUAAGUAAAUCAACAACAAGGAAGAAUGCUAGUGAGAAAAAUGUAUACCCCUUCUAUCACUGUACUUUUUUCUUUAAAAAAAAAAUAGCUCUCCUUCCAGUGAGAGAGUUCAUCUGCCUCAAUUUCAACCUACACACUUACUGUCACCUCGUGUUGCCUCCGUUCUUCUGCCUCACGGCUUUGCCAGGACACAGAGUGACCUGUUCACCAUGCCUGCCGACUUGCUGUGAGUGGCACAGACAUUAUGUGGUGGAACUGAUGUCCAGUGGUUAGACCACAUGCUGACCGCUUGCUUGGUGGAGAAACCUCAGAAGCAGUGCUGGCCGACGGUUUCAGAAAGGAAGGAGGGCUGCGGGCGGCACGUCCCCAUUUGUCCCAGCCCCGGGCACCAGUGUGCACUCAGUACGUGUAAUUCCCGAGCAAGCGAGCGAGCAUCUUCCAUGUGGGCAGCCGGGUGGGGGGCAAAGCAGAGGACAGCGGCUCAGGAGCACAGCGUCACUCUGGUCCUCACGUCCUCAGAAUAAACGCUACUGCUGUCACGGCCACUGCGGUCACAUGGUUUGUCCCCUGAAGCCCGAGGUUGUAAUUGGUGCUCGAGCUGUGUCCUCCUAUUUGUCUUUGUUGCUAUAGGUGGCGUUCCCUGAACCCCAAACACAUAGCGAGUGUGCCCAGGACGUCAUGAGGGUCGUUGGGGUCCUGUCUCACCCACUUCUGCCUCCCUCAGCUGUGUGGCCAUGCUGAGUCACACUGUCCUUUCUGUACAUGCAGGCCACAAAGUAUGACCCACUGGGUGCUCAUAAGUGAUCAGUGAGAACAUAGUUAAAUAGCUUAGCACCAUGCCUCAUGCACUUAUGCUGGACUGUGAGUGUCACAGCUGCGGUGUAUAAUAUUCAGGCCACUGUCUCUUCUUUCUUCAAACAAGAAUAUGUUUCUCUAUUCCCUUUAAUAAUAAAACCUACGUAUCUUGGACAUACAAUUAAUUGGAUUUGAUCAAGAUGGAAACCUUCUCCCCCGCCAGUAUCCAAACGCCAUUUCGUGCGCUCCCUGCUGUUGCCGUGUCAGCACGCAGAAUGAGGCGGGUCCCCUCGGUCCGUGCCUCCGUCUCCCCGAGCCCCUUCCUGCCGUCCACUUGCUCCUUGCCUCAUGGAGUGACUGUCUCCCACGCACCUUCUCUCUCUCCAAUUCCU